AUGCAUUCAUUCAUUGUAUAUACCGUGGCCGCCUCGCUCGCGAACUUGGUCCAGUUCGCAGCGGCGGACCACCGCUUGGUCUACGACGCCGAGGGAUAUAAUGGGGGCGCAUUCGGGCGCCGGCCCAACCAGACCUACCUUUCCACCAAAAUCGCAUCACCUCUAUUCCAGAUCAAUUCUUGGAACCGGACGACGACAGACGACUCCAAGUACCUGUUCCUCGGGUUAUGGAAUCCUCUCGGCGGAUCUGCCGGGCCCAUGAUCUUCUCGACCGAGGACUUCAGUCUGGUCUAUGCGGAUUGGAGUUGGCCGAGCACGCACAACACGCGAGUGCAGAAGUUCAAGGGAGUCGACUACCUGACCUUCUACGAGGGCGCCCAGAAAGAUGGACACUCGUCCGGGAACUGCCUCAUGCUCGACUCGUCAUACAACGUUGCCUACAACAUCACGACGAGAAACGUGUCGUCAACGGUCGACAUGCACGAAUGUGAGGUCACCGAGGACGGCACCGUCCUCAUAUCUGUCUACGAGUCCAUAUGGACCAAUUUGACUGGCGUCGGCGGCCCGCAGCGAGGCGAGCUUUUGGACAGUAUCGUCCAGGAAAUCGACAUCGAGACCAACGAGCUCCUCUUCAUGUGGAAGGCGUCGGAACACACCAACGUAACCGACACAUAUUCGCAUUAUCACAGGAGCGAAGGAGGAUGGGAUUUCUUCCACUUGAACAGCGUCCAGAAGACCAAAGAAGGCAACUACCUCAUCUCAGCUCGCCAUUUCCACACGCUCACGUACGUAAACGGCUCAACGGGCGAGACAAUAUGGACCCUGGGCGGCAAGCAGAACGACUUCACAGACAUAUCCAACGGCAGUGCGACCGACUUCGGCUGGCAGCAUCAUGCACGUUUCCGUGACGACGAUCUCACGCAACUGACUUUCUUCGACAACCACGCACUGAAGACUGAAAUAGGCUGCAAAAAGGAUUGCUCACGAGGCCGACACGUGGAACUGAAUUACGACGACAUGACGGUCAGGCUUGUUCAGGACUAUUUCCACCCCACGAGCUUGACCAGUACUGCUAGAGGCGGCUACACGGUUGUGCCUAACGGGAAUGUUCUGAUUAGCUGGGGCGUCAACCCUGCUUUCACCGAAUACACCCCCGAUGGAGAAUGCGUGCAGGACGUGCAAUUCGACCUGUGGGACCCAAAGGCCGAGGGAAGGGGACAUUACCGUGCUUUCAAGAUGGACUGGGUGGGGAAGCCGUCUUGGGACCCUAGCAUUGCAUCGGUUAUUGAACCUUACGGCGGCUCCAAGGUCGCUGUCAGCUGGAACGGUGCGACGGAAAUCGCCUCAUGGGAGCUGUACACGGGCGACACGCAAACCACAGUAACAGAAUUAUCACACACCAUCAAGAAGACGGGCUUCGAAACCAUCAUGGUUAUUGGACCAGGACCCAAGUAUGCGCGAGCGACCGCCCUCGACAAGGACGGCCACGUCCUCGGCAAAACCCCUGUCAUUGAUUUAUGGUCAGGCGAAACCACGCCCGUAAUCGAGAUCCCGGCGAGCGUCGCCGUAUCGGACUUCCUCAGCGGAUUUUACCUGUACUUUUUACGCAUAAUAUCGUUCUACAGAUGA